UGACUAGGCAGAGCAAUUUAUUUAUAACCCCAGGAAGUAACAAAGUACACACGCAAAAAACCUACUAUGGGUUGCCCCAAAAUGUGAACAGGUGGACCACAUGGAGGAGGACAGGCAAGAGAAUUCCCCAUAGGAACGUUAAUGUGAUAUAUAACAGGGUGAAAGAUAGCGACGUUGUAAAGGAAAGAGAAAGUGAUACAAUCGAAAUGAACGGAGUAGUGGACCAAUGUCUGGCGAACACCAACUUUGUGGUUCGAAUUCCAAAUGGGGAAACCUUUUUGUGCUUCAUCUCAGGAAAAUUGAGAAUCAAUAAAGUGAAAAUCAACCUGGGGGACAUGGUCAAAAUACAGAUACAUAAAUUGAACUUUGAGAAGCGCAGGGGGAAAAUUGUCUUUAGGUAUCUGCAGCACGCCGCACUGGGGGGGAAGAAGCGGUGGAGUGGUGAAGCGGUGGAGUGGU